AUGCGGGUUUACAUUAGAAUUUUUCUUAUGCUACUAUCUUUAAGUGCAAUUUUUGUUAUUUUAUCUUUUUGGACCAAGUGUUCUGAUCUUAAAUAUAGCAUGCAUAAGUUAAAUCCCAAAUUUGGCAUGUUUGAAGAUCAAGCUUAUUCCUCUCAGGUUGAAAAAUUAGGAUCAGGUUUUGAAGAGAUUGAAUGUGUAAUUAAUCAAGAAUAUUCUGUCAGUUGUAGAAAAGAAGGUGAAGAAGUAUAUUUACCUUUUACAUUUUUGCACAAAUAUUUUGAAGUAUAUGGGAAAUUAGCCAACUAUGAUGGUUUAGAAAAGUUUGAAUGGUCCCAUACAUAUUCAAGAGUUAAUAACCCUAAAGGAAAAUAUAAUCCAAGAGGAAUAUUUAUGUAUUUUGAUAAAUACAAUGUUGAAAGUAGAGAUAGAGUGAAAUGUUUGAGUGCCAUUGAAGGUGUUCCAAUUUCUACUCAAUGGGAAAGCAAGGGUUAUUAUUAUCCAACUCAAAUAGCACAGUUUGGUUUAAGCCACUACAGUAAAAAUUUAACAGAGCCUGAACCAAAGAGAAAAGUUAUAGAAGAUGGUGACAAGAAAUUAGCUAAUUGGAUUAAAUCAGGUCCAGAUGCUAACUUUUUUAGAAAAGUACAAGAAAAUAGUGAAAAUGUAGUUUUAGAGUUUCAAACAUUAGGUACAGUAACUAGUCACAUAUUUUUAAAGUUGGAUCAUGUAGUAGAUUUAAUACUUCAGUUAGAUAUAAAACUUUCAUCUAAUUCUUCUCUUAUUGUCUCAUUACAAAGUAGAGAUAAUAAAGAAUUGUUUUAUCUUCAUUAUAUAUCAUCCGAUGAACACAUAUCUGCCGAGGUUUGUUAUCUUUUCUGUAUUUUAAUGAAUUAA